UAAUUUACAUUGUGCAGGAGUGUGUCUGAGUUUCCUGCAACAUCAGGAGAGGGAGAGACAGACAUCAUGAUUCCUACCAAGAUGCUACUGCUCUUGCUGUCAAUGGCUUUGCUGGCCUUGGGCUCUGCUCAGGGCAUCGAUGAAGAUGAUGAAUUGUUGAAAGAAAACCCAGAGGAAUCACAAGUGAAACCUGAAGAAGGAUAUGGAGCGGAGUACAGCAAACCUGGCAAAGAUGGUCCAGGUGGCGCUCAGGGACCAGCAGGCCAACAAGUUCAAGGUAGUCAACAGCAUCCAGGAGCCCAAGGAGGUCCAAGAGGCCCACAGCAUCCAGCAGGCCAACAAGGCCCAGGUGGCCAGCAGCGUCCAGGACCUCAAGGUGAUCCAAGUGGUCCACAGCAUCCAGCAGGCCAACAAGGUCCAGAUGGCCAACAGCGUCCAGGAGCCCAAGGUGGUCCAAGUGGUCCACAGCAUGCACCAGGCCAACAGGUACCAGGUGGCCAACAGCAUCCAGGAUCCCAAGGUGAUCCAAGUGGCCCACAGGGUCCAGCAGGCCAACAGGGGCCAAAUGACAAACAGCAUCCAGGAGUCCAAGGUGGUCCAGGUGGCCCACAGCAUCCAGCAGGCCAACAAGGUCCAGAUGGGCAACAGCGUCCAGGAGCCCAAGGUGGUCCAAGUGGCCCACAGCAUCCAGCAGGCCAACAGGGGCCAGGUGGCCAACAUCGUCCAGGAUCCCAAGGUGGUCCAAGUGGCCCACAGGGUCCAGCAGGCCAACAAGGUCCAGAUGGCCAACAGCAUCCAGGAUCUCAAGGUGGUCCAAGUGGCCCACAGGGUCCAGCAGGCCAACAGGGCCCAGGUGGCCAACAGCGUCCAGGAUCCCAAGGUGGUCCAAGUGGCCCACAGGGUCCAGGAGGCCAACAGCGUCCAGGAUCCCAAGGUGGUCCAAGUGGCCCACAGGGCCCAAGUAGCCAACAGGGUGCAGGUGGCCAGCAUGGUGGACAGUGACAAGAAAAACCAAGUAAAGAGGACCUCCUGUGAUUUUCUAGAAAUUGAGAGCUCAACUGGUGACCAUGGACUUUUCAGUCGUGUCAUCAUGGCCUUUCCUUUCUCUGACUUCAAUUCAUCAAUAAAGUCAUCAGCAUUAAAGUCCUGGCUCUUGUUUUCCUUCUAA